AUGUCAAAAUAAUCGGUUAGAAAAUAGCGAAUUCAACCAUAACAAAAACAGACUAAGUUUCACACGUCAUUGUUAUUUAAUGGAAUUAAUUGCGGUAAAUUUUGCACGAACCCCAUUAUCUGCUUUUCCAAAACGUUGUGCGUCCGUUAUACACAAGAUGUCAUCUCCAUCUAAGUGGACUGUGGAAAAGAAUCGUAUUCUUAGUUUACCAAUCGAAGAAAAAAGGCAAUUGUAUAAGUCAAGAGACUUUGUUACUUUAAAUCAAAUAGAUCCAUGGUGCAAUUAUGUAGUCAGGAAUAAAGAGAUCGAAGCCAAGAAACAUAACCUGGAAGACCUCAACGAAUUUCGUAAGAUAAAGUUAGACCAUGAAAAAAACAAACUAUUGGCUGAAAAGGUUUCUGUAUACUGUGGAGAUAUUACUAAACUUGAGAUUGAUGCCAUUGUGAAUGCAGCAAAUUCUCGUCUUAAAGCUGGGGGUGGAGUUGAUGGGGCCAUACAUAGAGCUGCAGGAUCAUUGCUUCAGGAUGAAUGCAAUUCAAUUGGAGGUUGUCCAACUGGUGAUGCUUGUAUAACUGGUGGAUAUAAUCUACCAGCAAAAUAUAUCAUUCACACAGUGGGACCACAAGAUGGAUCAGCCCCAAAACUUCUGUCUUGCUAUGAAAAAUGUCUUUCAUUUCAAAGUCAGUAUCGCCUAACAUCCAUAGCCUUUCCGUGUAUUUCUACUGGAAUCUAUGGCUUCCCUAAUCGCCUUGCCGCUCAUAUAGCUCUUCGUACUGCAAGGACCUUCUUAGAAAAUAAUGAAGAUCUUCAAAGAAUUAUAUUUUGUACCUUCAUGCCAAUUGAUGUUGAGAUUUAUGAAACACUCAUGCAGAUGUACUUUCCUCUGCAUGAAUGGAAUUACAAUGAUGGGGCUGCUGUUUCAGAAUAAUUUGACGAGCAUUGUUUAUACUCUGUUGUAGUUUGUGUAUAGGGUCUCUUUGCCUGUUCGCAUUUACUUACUUCAGUUUGAAGGAAAAUAUAAAAAUGUCCCAGCACUAAUUUCUAUUAAAAAAUUGUGUAAUGUAUUCAUUAUAUAUUCUAUUUUAAACUUAACUGUUUGAAACAUCCUGUGAUUUUUUUGUAAAAGGCACACUUCAGAAUUAGGCUAUUUACCCACUUUGCAUCCAUUAAAUCCAAUUUGCGACCACCAGUUUUGAACAGGAAUUAAGAGGUGAUAUUUUUAUGAUAAUGUAAAGAGAGAUUGGGUUUUAAUAAUUUAUUUAUGGAAGAAUUAUAGUUAUUUAGAAAUCAAUAUAUUAACAUUCAUAUAUCACUACACAGAAAAUAAAAACACCUAUUUAUUUUUCUAAACAUUGAUAGAACUUAAAAUUUAUAAACAAAUUAGGUACCUAUGUAGUAAGGUUAUAGUAAUUCCACCUUCCAAAUUCAACAAUAAUCUGUUCUGUUAAUUAUACCCUAAAAUCGAAAGGUAAGUUAAGAUUGCGUGUAAGCUGAAGAUCAGCCUUGAUUAAUAAUCAUUUAUUUAUUUCAAACAUGCACACGUUAUCUUUACAGCCUAU